UGUACUGCAUGCUUCCUGAUUCUCCUCUCCUAAGACCCUGAGAGCCCCAUGAUUUGGCCGUGAUCUCCUAUUAGGGCCCAUUAAAGGGAGAGCUUUUACAUUUGAAACACUGCUGUAUAAGUGCCCAGACCUUCUUGGGCUUGACACUAAGGACAGCAGGUCGCUGCCAGGUCCAUGCGGGGGUGGGGAUGCCCCAUCCGGACACGGGCGGCGCCCCUGGCAUCGUGACUACGCUCCGCCUCGCCUUGGGCACGAAGCUGCUGGACCCUGAGCGCUGAAUUCAGCGGUUUCCAGCCCUGUAGUCGCCGUGAGAAGAAACACAGCUGGGUGUGGUUCUCACUAAGUCACUAAAUUGCCCACACUGGACUCAAACUUACAAUUCUAUCUCCAUCCUUCAGAGUACUGGGAUUUCAGAUGUGUGCCAUCAUAUCCUGCUUUGAUGUUUCUGCUUGCCACCGCAUCUGGUGCACUGGCCAAGAAGACUGACCAUGCUGACCUCUUUGGUCAACAGUUAUGGCCCUUGCAGACACAGCAAGAACCUUUCCAGGUCCCAAUGGGAAGACAUGCCUUCAAGAAUCCUGGCUCCCUGCUCAAGUAGCUCACAUUGGACACCAAAGGAAGGAGUAUGCAAUCUGUCUGCCUGCCUGCCUGAUUCUGCUAUCAGACCUAAAAGAAGCAUCCCGUUCCAUGACUUCAUUCCACCCCCAGGGGGAACUCCGGGCUGUCAGUGCCAGGAAGCUGAGGAGUAAAAGGCCACGGAGUAACAGUGAUCCUUUUCAGGAAGGGGAUCCGAGGCAGGGUUUUCUGUGGCAGAGGAAGAGCCUCCCGUUUGGGGCAGCCUCAUCCUACUUGCACUUGGAGAAGCUGGGCGAAGGCUCUUACGCUACAGUUUACAAGGGUGUUAGCAGGAUCAACGGGCAGCUGGUGGCUCUGAAGGUCAUCAGCAUGAACGUGGAGGAAGGAGUCCCAUUCACGGCCAUCCGGGAAGCUUCGCUCCUAAAGGGUUUGAAACAUGCCAAUAUUGUGCUCCUGCACGACAUAGUUCACACCAAAGAGACACUGACCUUCGUUUUCGAGUACAUGCACACAGACCUGGCCCAGUACAUGUCCCAGCACCCGGGAGGGCUGCAUCCACACAAUGUCAGGCUUUUCAUGUUUCAACUUUUGCGGGGCCUGGCGUACAUCCACCAGCAGCAUGUUCUCCACAGGGACCUGAAACCUCAGAACUUGCUCCUCAGUCACCAGGGAGAGCUCAAGCUGGCCGAUUUCGGUCUUGCUCGGGCCAAGUCCAUUCCCAGCCAGACAUACUCUGCAGAAGUUGUGACCCUCUGGUACCGGCCCCCGGAUGCUUUGCUGGGAGCCACUGAAUAUUCCUCUGAGCUGGACAUAUGGGGUGCAGGCUGCAUCUUUAUUGAAAUGUUCCAGGGUCAGCCUUUAUUUCCUGGGGUUUCCAACAUCCUUGAACAGCUGGAGAGGAUCUGGGAGGUGUUAGGAGUCCCUACUGAGGAUACCUGGCCUGGAGUUUCCAAGCUACCUAACUACAACCCAGAAUGGUUCCUGAUGCCUAAGCCACAAAGACUUCAGAUCACAUGGAACAGGCUGGGCGAGGUUCCCGGGGCGGAGGACUUGGCCUCCCGGAUGCUGAAAGGCUUUCCCCGAGCCCGCGUGUCCGCCCGAGCUGCGCUGGACCACGAGUAUUUCCAGGCCCUGCCGCCCCAGCUGUUCCAGCUCCUGGACGAAGAGUCUCUGUUUACAGUUUCAGGAGUGAGGCUGAAACCAGAAAUGUGUGACCUUCUGGCUUCCUACAGCAAGAGUCACCACCCAGCCCAGCUUACCAAAUGCUGGUGAAAAGAAGGGGUGAAGUCACCAAGCACCUUCAGGACUGCAUUCAUGCUGCUUCAUUUUCAUUUGCUUCGGCUUACUGAGAAGCUUCAGAUCUACUGCUAUGGGGACCAAAGGUUGUAUACUGUCACUUCUCACCUAGAAUACUUUAAAUAUGAUGUUCAGUGCAUGGCUAUUGCUGUUGUCAUUGCCUAGAAUUUAACAGUGAUGGACUCAAAUAGUGGACACAGUCUGAGAAGACUCCUGAACAAUUGCAUCAGUUUUGAUAGAGAUCCCCGUACCACAAGAUCGAUUUCCUAGCAGGACAGGUGGGAGCAGUUGCGGGGAGUUGGAGACAGAGUGGGUCCUUACAGAGGCCUGUCACUCUUGCAUUCGCUCACAACUUUCCUCAACAAAAGGACUUCUGUAUCGAGGAGAACACUAAUCUAAGGUUUAGAAAAAUCUUCCAGGAAGAUGGUAAAAAGAUAGUAUGUUCAUUAGGAUUUCCUAGGAGCGGGUACUUUUUGCUUCCCUAAAACACAUUGUAUUAUAAAAACACAUUUCUCCCCCAGUCCCAUCCAAUUGUAGAAGUUGGGAUUGAGCUGCCAGUUAGAAUUGAAUUUCAGGCUACUGAAAUUUCCUACUGAGUCCUCGUGGUGGGGACAGCAAAAAGGAUAUGAAACCUGAGCUUCCACUGGAUGGUGGAGAUGCUAAAUAGAUGGAUAAGAGCACGGAAUUCCAAAGAUGUAAUUCAAGCCCUGUUGCCCCAUCUCAGACACAUAUACGUGCUCACACACAACCUCAUGUGAAAGGGGAGCUCUGUCUUCCUGACAUGUGUGCCGUUGUCUACAGUGACUCUUUCUAAAAGCUGAGGAAACUCAUAUUACUUCUGUCAAGGGAUUAUCUCAGGCAAUGCCGUAGUUUACAGACCUCUACAUAACCUUUGGAAGAACCAAAGGAACCAAUUAAGAGAUAAUUAAAGAUAGUAACUGUUCACCUAGUGUCUGAGUUGGAGGAAGAAAAGACACACAGACGAAGCCCACCUCUGGGAGUACCGGCAAUGGUGAGCCGAAGCCCAUCCAGACGCACCUGAAACACUGAGCAGUGGGCUGGACCACUGGAGGGGUGUGCUCAGGGCACCAUGCCUGCAUGCCUGGAAAAUGACCACAAGUGCGGUGUGCAGGGUUCAGCUGAGUCCUGUUCUAAUUCAAUAUUUGUAUUAAUUGCUUGAGUAAAACCAGAGAGGGGCACAACUUCUUUACACAACUCACUAAAAAAGUACUAUUAUUAAUUUAUUUCCAUUUUAUGCAAGAGGAAACAAAGGCUCAACAAAGUUAACAACCCUGUAAUCUUUCCGGUAAACUUGUACACACCCACCAGGUUUGUGGGACACAAACUUGCUCUUAAAGAGGCAACUGACAUUUACCAUUGGAUCAAAUUCAGAGGAUUAAGGCCUGGCUAGAAACUAAUGAUCCACGAACCAGAGGAAUAUUUAUUUCUAUCAAAUUCUAUCUGAUUUAAAUUCUUACAAGUUGAGUUUAAAUAUCUGCAACUUAAGUACUGCUGUUACCUAGGAGAAAUUGGAACUUUUAAGUGAAAGAUGAAUUAAUAGCAUAAUCUGGCUGCCCCCUGAAAGAUAAUGCUCAUACUUCCAGCUACGUAAAUGCAGAAGUAAGAUCAUGUCCCAGAGGAACAGAAUAGCUUACUCUUCACUGAUCAAGCCACAUUUAAAUGAUUAUAUUCAGCUCCACAUAUCGUAUUUUAAAAGAAACAUCAUGCUGAAAUAAAUAUUUAUUGUGUACCUAUGAGUUUGCAGGUCUAAUCCUCUGUAAUCCUCUUAACAAGACUAAGACAUCACUGCAGUUAGUCCCCACGUCCCAGAGAACCUCAGGGAGCCACUGAGUCGCCCAGCUCCAUGCACACACUCGCCCUGAAGUCUGCUUUCCCAGCCCCACUCUAGCUGUGCAUGCUGCGAAGACCAUGACAGAAGAGGUGACGCAGGAAAGGGGGCCCCAGAAAGGAAAACUUUGUGGUCACACACCCCCUUUCCAGAAGGCUCAGGGCUAUCACCGGCCACUGAGCUAGGACAGAUUGGAGUCUCCAGGGCACUGCUUCUGACAUAGCAGCAACAGCAGUGCUCUGAGGCCCUACGAGGGAGUGAACGUCCUCACCUCACACAAAGUGGAGGGCCGCAGAGGGGUUCCUGGGGCGAGGUUAGCAAAGCCGACCUCCAAGAUCUCAUCUGACACCAGGAUUUCCUGAUAGUGACUUUUGGACAGGCUUCACUUGGGAUUUUGGUGAGAUUCUAUUGUUGCAAGGAUAGACUCGUUUUAUUUUUUAUAAAAGGGCUUUUUAAAAAAUCUAGCAAAAUUAUCUUCUUUAAUUAUAAUGGAAAAUAAAUUACGCUUGAAUUUCCUUCUUUUUUCUCCUGCAAUUAAUGGAUUUGCCCACUAAUAAAGCAUAUAUAUGAGACUAAA